ACACACAUACGUAUAAAAAAACAAAGGAGAAGGAGAAUGAGAAACAAAGGAUAGAGAUAGAAACCGAAAAAAAACUCCACAUCUAUAUUCAAUAAGAAGGACAAUUAAUUGCAAUGAAAAUGGUAGUGCUUUAGGCGAAACGAAAUUUAUUUAGUGCAAGGAGUAAAACUUUGAAAGAAAAACCAGAAUCGCAGAGCUAAGUGAUAGUGAAAGGAGAAAAAGUUGUCGUCAAUUUGUGGCUCUGUGUGUGCGUGUGCGUGUGAGUGGUGUGCGUAUGUGUGUGUGAGUGUGUGUAUGCGAGUGUGAGUGCAUAUGCAUAUGGGGUUGGAAAAUUGUGAAAACUCAACGAAUACGGAAGUAAGAAAUUGGACAUAAUCUUCGCAAGAAAUCAGGUUAUAGGCUAGGCAACUAAAAUGCCCAGCGCCUCGUUUACAUCCUCCCGCACUUAUGUGCGCCGCUCCCGACGGAAAGGAGCCAAUCGUAUAGCCAUGCCCAAUCGUCCCGCUGGCAAUAUUAUGGAUCCCAUGCAGCAGCAAAAUGCGACCAACGGUGGAGGAGGAGCAGCCGCAAGUAAUUCAGCCGCAGCGUCGGGCUCCGGCGCUUCCUCCGAGUACUUUGAUAGCGGCCAGUCUACAAGCGGAGGUGCAAGUGGAUCAUCUGGAUUCUCAGGCAACUUUUACAAUCCAUUGCAAAUGAUGGACACCACAGAGAGUUCAAGUGGUGCAGCAGGUGCUAGUGGUGGAAGUAGUGGUGGCGGCGGUGGUGCUGCAGCCGGAUCUGCCACAACAAGCAGUUCAAACUCAACGCCACCAGCUGCAGUGGCUGGUUCCUCAGGAGCAGGCACAACGGGUUCAGCUGGCCCAUCUGCCGCUGUUGGUGCCUCGACAUCUGCCAGCGCUUCCUCUUCCAGUCAUCAAUCUCCGUAUGACUUGCGUCGCAAAAUAUCUGCCAGCAAUAGCCACGAACAAUGGUGUUCCAGUGGGCCAUCGUCUUCCUCGGCUGCUGCUGCCGCCGCCGCUGCUGCUGCCAUACUUGUUGGUCCAUCGAGCAGUUCGCCACCACUGGUAAAUCCCAGCUCAUCGCCAUCCAGUUCAUCGUCAUCGUCCUCUUCGUCAUCAUCGUCAUCAUCUUCGUCGUCGUCGUCCUCCUCAUCGACUUCAUCGUCCUCGUCGUCUUCAGCCAUUGUGCAAGCUCCGUCGACUAGCGCCACUUUUCCCGUGAACAAUGCCCCUACCACGGGAGCCACUCUCGCCCAGCCGCCAAAUGUGCACAGUUCGGUACCCCAACAGCAUUGUGGUGCUCUGCCUGUGGGAGCUGCCAUUGAGGAUAACAACUACAUGCUUCCGGCCAGAAAGCGAUCUCGCCGCCUCUACACUCAAAGCGGUGGCGAAACAAGCGGAGCAGUACCUUCAACCGAAGUGGCUGCAGGCGGAUCAACUGGUUCCAACGGUUCACCCACAGCUGCUCAGUAUCUACAAUACGAAUUGCCUGAUGAGGUGCUUCUGGCCAUCUUUUCAUACCUCAUGGAGCAGGACCUGUGCCGUCUGGCCUUAGUCUGCAAGCGCUUCAACACCAUUGCCAACGACACAGAACUCUGGAAGCGACUUUAUCAGUCCGUCUUCGAAUACGAUUUGCCACUCUUUAACCCGGAGCUAUGCAAAUUUAUAUUUGAGAAGCCGGAGGAGUCGGAAUAUGCAAAUCCCUGGAAGGAGAGCUUCCAUCAACUAAAUAGGGGCGUUCAUGUUCGUCCCGGAUAUCAGGACAAGCGUUAUUCUGGCCGAAGUAUAGUAUUUUUCAACACCAUCCAAGCUGCCCUUGACUAUCCCGAAGAGCGGGCCGCUGCAGGCGUUUUCGUAUCCGGCGCUGGCGCUGGAAAUGUUGUCUCUGCUGGCCUAUCAAAUACCAGUGCUGCUCCUGGAUCUGGUGCCGGUGGGGCCAGUGUCAAUGCCUUGGUAAAUAUAUACGAGGAACAAGUGGCACCCACGGAACAUCCAGGUCCCUUGAUAUUCCUUCACGCUGGCCACUAUAAGGGUGAAUAUCUCUUUAUCGACUCCGAUGUGGCCUUGGUGGGUGCCGCUCCAGGCAAUGUUGCUGAAUCUGUUAUUCUCGAGCGAGAAGCCGGCUCUACGGUUAUGUUCGUCGAGGGUGCCAAAUACGCAUAUGUUGGAUACCUCACACUCAAAUUCUCGCCCGAGGUGACAUCGACUGUGUCACAUCAUAAACACUAUUGCCUGGACAUUGGUGAAAAUUGUUCCCCCACCGUCGACAAUUGCAUCAUUCGUUCCACUUCGGUGGUGGGCGCUGCUGUCUGUGUGGGUGGUGUCAAUGCCAAUCCCGUUAUACGCAACUGUGACAUCAGCGAUUGCGAGAAUGUGGGUCUCUAUGUAACUGACUACGCCCAGGGCACCUAUGAACACAACGAGAUCAGCCGCAACGCUCUCGCCGGCAUUUGGGUAAAGAACUUUGCCAGUCCAAUUAUGCGCGAGAAUCACAUACAUCAUGGACGCGAUGUGGGAAUAUUUACAUUUGAAAAUGGAAUGGGUUACUUUGAGAAAAAUGAUAUACAUAACAAUAGGAUAGCCGGAUUCGAGGUCAAGGCUGGUGCUAAUCCCACAGUCGUCAAGUGUGAGAUUCAUCACGGCCAAACGGGCGGCAUCUAUGUACAUGAGAAUGGUUUGGGUCAAUUCAUUGAAAAUCGGAUACACUCAAAUAACUUUGCUGGCGUCUGGAUAACGUCAAAUAGUAAUCCCACCAUACGCAAGAAUGAGAUCUACAAUGGCCAUCAGGGUGGUGUUUAUAUAUUUGGAGAGGGACGCGGCCUCAUUGAGCAUAACAAUAUCUAUGGUAAUGCUUUGGCUGGCAUUCAAAUUCGCACAAAUAGCGAUCCUAUAGUGAGACAUAAUAAAAUCCAUCAUGGCCAGCAUGGUGGUAUCUAUGUUCAUGAAAAGGGUCAGGGUUUGAUUGAGGAGAACGAAGUGUACUCUAAUACGCUGGCCGGUGUUUGGAUAACUACUGGCAGUACGCCAGUACUGCGUCGCAAUCGCAUCCAUUCUGGCAAGCAAGUGGGUGUCUAUUUCUAUGACAAUGGCCAUGGCAAACUGGAGGACAACGAUAUAUUUAAUCAUUUAUAUUCGGGUGUUCAAAUCCGAACGGGCAGCAAUCCGGUGAUACGGGGCAACAAAAUUUGGGGUGGACAGAACGGCGGCGUUUUGGUGUACAAUGGCGGUCUGGGAUUGCUGGAGCAAAACGAAAUCUUUGACAAUGCCAUGGCUGGUGUGUGGAUCAAAACUGACUCGAAUCCUACGCUGAAACGCAAUAAAAUCUAUGAUGGCCGGGAUGGAGGCAUUUGUAUCUUCAACGGCGGCAAAGGCAUCCUAGAGGAGAACGAUAUAUUCCGCAAUACCCAGGCCGGAGUAUUGAUCUCAACGCAAUCGCAUCCUAUUCUUCGUCGAAAUCGCAUCUACGAUGGCCAGGCAGCGGGUGUAGAGAUAACAAACAAUGCCACAGCCACAUUGGAGCACAAUCAGAUAUUUAAGAAUAAAUUCGGUGGCCUGUGUUUGGCCAGCGGUGUGCAGCCAAUUACGCGCGGCAAUAAUAUCUUUAACAACGAGGAUGAGGUAGAGAAGGCGGUGUCUAGUGGGCAGUGCCUGUACAAGAUAAGCAGCUAUACAUCUUUUCCCAUGCAUGAUUUCUAUCGUUGUCAGACAUGCAAUACAACGGAUCGUAAUGCUAUAUGCGUGAAUUGCAUUAAAAAUUGUCAUGCAGGCCAUGAUGUUGAGUUCAUACGACAUGAUCGUUUCUUUUGCGACUGCGGUGCUGGCACCCUGUCCAAUCAGUGUCAGUUGCAGGGUGAGCCCACACAGGAUACGGAUACGCUCUACGAUUCCGCGGCGCCCAUGGAGUCGCACACUCUGAUGGUCAAUUAGAGAGGCAGCUACAAAAUAUUAAUCCUUUUGAGGUUCCAAAUUUUCUCUCUCUAUCUCAAACAUAAACACACCCCACACACACACACAAACACACACUUAACCCAGAAGUGUUGCUGUAAAUAUUUCUAGAAAAACAAUAAUACAAUUAAUUGUAUGUAAAUAAUAAUUAAUUAUUCUUUGCGUUCAAAAUUUAACACAAUGUGCAAUUUAGUUUAACCUGAAAAAAAACUCAUACACAAUUUCUUUUUUU